AUGACGCUGUUGGGAGGUCCGCGCAGGGGUUACGUGCCUGUUAGGAGGCGGAAUCCCAGCGGCGGUCUCCAAUCGAGUCGCCAGAUUAGCCCGAGUGACGGCACCCGCCACCGUCAACUGCGCGAUCGCGACAGGCAGGCUGAGGAGGAGGAUGGCGAGGCUGGCAUGACCGAAGCUGGAGUGACCGAGGCUGGGCAAUCCAAAACAAGCCCCGACCUGUACUAUAACGGAGGGCCUGUUAUCGCGGAUCCGGUCGUCUACCUCAUCUACUACGGCACGUGGCCUGAGAAUUCCGGAGCUGCCAUUAUCGAUAAUUUCGUGCAGUCGCUGGGAGGGAACGCGAGCAGGCAGGGAGGGCCGAGGGGUGAGAGCAGCGUGAGCGGCUGGUGGGCGAUCACCACGCAUUACUUUAUGACACGGGCUGACCGCAAGCUGGCGUACGUCACUCCUAAGCCCUCCUCUGCCAACGCCUGUUUUCCCUCCGCUCUGCCUUUCCUCCUCCCCUCUGCAUUCCUCCUCCGCUCUGCCUUCCCUCCACCGCUCUGCCUUCCCUGCUCGUCCUGCUGCAGACUCCACAUCAAGCACCAAGAACGCUUGAAGAGUGUUGCCGAUCAGCCCUCCUCUGACAACGCCCUGUUUUCCCUCCGUCCUGCCUUCCCUCCUCCGCUCUCCCUUCCUUCCUCGUCCUGCUGCAGACUCCGCAUCAAAAUCACCACAUUCCCUGCGUCCCCUCCGGCCCAAGUGCCUUCGCCCCUCCAUUUCAGUCCCCCCCCCCCCCGUCGUUACCAUAGUUUUUCCCCAUCGUCUCCUCCCCUCCUCUCCUCCCCCGUCUUCCUCUGGUCGUUAACCGCAAUGUGGGCACGGCACGACCGACCAACCGGCUGCCGCACAACCCAAUCGCUGCCACCAGAGACCCAAUCGAAGGAGAAGGGUAUGCGAUUGGUUGUCGAUCGCAACGUGGGCAAGGCCAACUUUGUCGAUCGCAACGUGGGCAAGGCCAACCGGCUGCCGUCCGAUCCGAACGGGAUCUACAUCGUGGUCACGAGUGCUGACGUGGAUGUGUGGGAGUUCAGCCGCUGCAGCUACUGCGGGUGGCAUGCACAGAUGAUGGACAUGCGCACUGGCAGCCCCAUAGCGUAUGCAUUUGUGGGGCACCACUCGCUGUGCUGCCAGUACAGCAACUCCUCCUUCAACGGGCUACCAGCCAUAGACAGCAUGGCGAGCACCAUCGCUCAUGAAAUCACUGAAGCUGCUGACUGGCUCCUCGGGCUACCAGCCAUAGACAGCAUGGUGAGCACCAUUGCCCACGAAAUCACCGAGGCUGCUGCUGACCCCUCCUGCCUGCUUAACCCUCGCAUUUCCCUGCCACCCCCCUGUCCCUCAAAUCCCACCCCAUCCCACCCUGGCCGCUCCUCCCCUAACGGGCUGCCAGCCAUAGACAGCAUGGUGAGCACCAUCGCCCAUGAGACGACAGAGGCCACCACCGACUCCUCCCCCAACGGCAUGCCAGCAAUAGACAGCAUGCUCUGCCGCCCCAAGCUCAGCCGCCCCAAGCUCUGCUGCCCCAAGCUCUGCCGCUCCAAGCUCCGCUGCUCCAAGCUCUGCUGCCCCAAGCUCUGCCGCCCCAAGCUCCGCUGCUCCAAGCUCUGCCGCCCCGAGCUCUGCCGCCCCAAGCUCUGCUGCCCCUAG